AUGUUGAGAUACGCUUCCAAGCUGAUAUUGCCCGCGGGUGCUCGUGGUCUUGCCACGGCCAGUACGUUGCCAACUACACAGACGACGGUCCUGAAGAACGGAUUGACAGUGGCCACCGAACAGAUCCCCAACUCCCUGACCGCCACUGUGGGAGUCUGGAUCGAUGCCGGUUCCAGGGCCGACGUGAGCGACUCGACGUCAGGCACUGCUCACUUUCUGGAGCAUCUUGCGUUCAAGGGCACACAGAAUAGAAACCAGCUGAGUCUUGAGUUAGAGGUCGAGAACUGCGGCUCUCACUUGAAUGCUUACACAUCUAGAGAAAACACAGUCUACUAUGCAAAAUCGCUGAAACAGGACAUCCCUAGAGCCGUGGACAUUUUGUCUGAUAUUCUCACGAGAUCGAGGCUGGAAAAAUUGGCUAUCGAGAAGGAGAGACCGGUUAUCAUUAGAGAGAGUGAGGAGGUUGACAAGAUGUACGACGAGGUGGUCUUUGACAGACUGCACGAAGUGGUGUUCAAGGGCCAGCCUUUAGGAAGAACCAUUUUGGGCCCUAUCGACAAUAUCAAGUCCAUUACUCAGUACGACUUGAAGAACUACAUCCAAACCAACUAUAAGGGUGAUCGUAUGGUUUUGGUUGGAACAGGAGCCGUUGACCACCAGGAGUUGGUGGAGCUUGCCGAGAAGUCUUUCGGCCAUGUUCCGAUCUCAGAGACUCCCCUUCCUUUGGGAACUCCUCGUGGAGCCAUUCCAAAGUUCUAUGGUGACGAGAUCAAGGUUCGUGACGAGUCUUUGCCAAACACAUACUUUGCCAUCUGCGUGGAAGGCUGCUCGUGGUCUUCGGACGACUAUUUCAAAGCUUUGGUUGCACAGGCGAUUGUUGGAAACUGGGAUAGAGCCACCAACGUUACGCCUUCUCCAUUGGCUAAAGCAGUUGCUGCUGGCGACAAGGAGCCUUUGUGCAACUCGUUCAUGUCUUUCUCCACCUCCUACUCCGAUACGGGUCUGUGGGGAACCUACGUUGUUGUGGACAAGGCCCAGACAUGCUACCCAGUGAUUGACUGUAUUUUGAGAGAAUGGAGCCGGUUGAGAAACGGCAACUUCUCUGAAAAAGAGGUCGAGGUUGCCAAGUCUCAGCUCAAGGGUUCGCUUUUGCUUUCGUUGGACGGCACUACCGCCACGGCAGAAGAUAUUGGAAGACAGCUGGUCACCACUGGUCGCAGACUCGCUCCUGAGGAAAUUUUCCAGAUAGUCAACGAUAUCACCAAAGAGGACAUUGUCGACUGGUGCCAUCGGUACCUGCACAACAAGCCGGUUGGUCUUGCUGCUUUAGGAUCCACAGACUCUAUUCCAGCACACAAGCUGAUCAGCCAGAGCAUGUCAUUCUAA